AUGGGUAUUAUCUUUGCUAUUACCUAUGGGGCGUCUUUUGCAGCUUUACCAGCAGCUAUUAUCCAUGUUCUAUUAUACUAUGGAAAAGACAUUUGGAAACAAUUGACCACAUCCAUAACAGAGGCCAUGAAUGAAGUACACGCUAAACUCAUGACUAAAUAUCUCGAAGUACCAGAAUGGUGGUAUACAAUAUUAUUUGUCAUCAAUCUUUUUCUCGCUUGUAUGGUUUGUCAUUUUGGUAAUUUAAUGCCCUGGUAUUGGAUGUUUUUGUGUGUUAUUAUUUCCUUUGUAUUAUUACUUCCCGUUGGUAUCAUUCAGGCAACGAGUAAUCAACAAAUUGGUUUGAAUAUUAUAACUGAGUUUAUCGCCGGAGUUGUGAUGGCAGGAAAUCCUAUUCCAAACAUCACAUUCAAAACGUACGGUUACAUCACUCAAUAUCAAGCAUUAUUAUACCUUAAUGAUUUAAAACUAGGCCAUUAUAUGAAAAUUCCACCUCGUCCAAUGUUUUUCGCUCAAGUGAUUUCUACUAUUAUCAGUUGUGUUAUAUCAUAUAUAGUCUCUGAUUAUGUAAUGGUUAGCGUUAAAAACAUCUGCGCAGAGGGUAAUACCGUUUGGGGCUGUCCAAAUAUAAGAGUUUUUUUCUCAUCAUCUGUUUUGUGGGGAGUUCUUGGACCAACAAGAAUGUUUAUUAAGAACGAUAUAUCCUACUAUAAUCUACUCUGGUUCUUCCCCUUAGGCGCCGUCUUACCAGUUGUCGCAUGGUUAAUAGCGAAAAAAUUUCCUGAUCAGUCAUGGUUAUACAUGAUUCACACACCCAUAAUAUGGGCGACAUUGUCGAAUUUUAUUCCAGCACCAGCCGCUAACUAUUGUACAUGGUUUUUCGUCGGCAUUUUGUUUAAUUUUGUUAUACGUAGAUAUGCCUUUGAUUGGUGGGAGAGAUAUAACUACAUAUUGUCAUCGGCUCUAGAUUGUGGUGUAGCGUUUUCUGGACUAGUCAUAUUUUUAGCACUUCAAAAUCAAGGUAUAUAUUUUCCAACUUGGUGGGGCUCAGGAGGUGAUUACGGAGAUGGCUGUCCACUAUCAAAUGCAAAUUACUCAGGUAUUUUUCCAGAUUAUCCACCCUCAUAG